GUCGACAUUUAUGUAACCCUGAAGCCUCCAGACCAUGCCUUGACAAGAAAUGCCCGUUGAGGACUGCGUAAUUCCUGUUGCAUUACUAAUACCCGAGGUCUCGGGUCUCUCCGAUCUUGAAGCAAUCCAAAUUUAUGCAUGACAGUCGCCAGUAACCUACAUGCAUGCACCAGGGUGGAUCAGAGCUUAACUUAACCCCGAUGUUGGCCAUGUAGCAAGCAUCCAAUGGCGAGUCCCUCGUUGCUAAGCACGUCAUAAGACAUAUUAGCUCGUACCGUCGGGACGGAUGCUUUUAUACCGCAAAGGUUUUUGGGUAAUAUCCUAAACUCAGAUCUAGGAGCGGUCCAGGCUUGCUCCGGACUCGUCUGCAGCGAUAGUGUACUAUAAAUAUAACGAUAAACCCCAAGCUGGGUAUGUCUAUCCAGUCCCUACCACGCAUUUACCAUUAUUCAUCACAAUGACUGGUUUAAAGGCUGCUAGUAAAGACUCCACUAUCUACGCCACCUCCAACGGUGUGCCGUAUGUCCACCACCCAUACGGGGCCCAAACUUCCCGUCCCGGUGGCCCAUUGUUGUUGCAAGACUUCCACUUGUUAGACUCCCUCUCUCAUUUCGACAGAGAGAGAAUUCCUGAAAGAGUUGUCCACGCCAAGGGCGGCGGUGCGCAUGGCUACUUCGAGCUCACUGACUCCUUGGAAGACAUCACCAUCGCAAGACCCUUCACCGUUGCAAACUACAAGUGUCCAAUUUCCAUAAGAUUCUCCACUGUUGGUGGUGAAAGAGGUACCCCAGAUACCUUGAGAGACCCAAGAGGGUUCUCGAUCAAGUUCCGUACCGAUAUCGGCAACAUGGACUGGGUCUUCAACAACACCCCGGUCUUCUUCUUGAGAGACCCAAACAAGUUCCCGCACUUCAUCCACACCCAGAAGAGGGACCCCGCAUCCAACUUGGGUCAGAACUCUGGUGAUUCCACCCACACCUGGGAUUACUAUUUGCAAAACCCUGAAACCUUGCACCAAGUCACCUACAUGUUUGGUGACCGUGGUACCCCUGCUGGUUGGGGUGAGAUGAAUGGUUACUCCGGUCACACUUUCAAGUUCACCAACGCAGAGGGGAAGUUGACGUAUGUCCAGAUCCACGUGCUUGCAGAUUCCGGUUUCCAGACCUUAUCUGGUGACCAGGCUAAUGAGUUGGCAGGCUCCUCUCCGGAUUACAACACCUCCAAGUUGUACCACCAGAUUGAAAAGGGUGAGUUCCCUUCCUGGACUUUGGCCGUUCAAACCAUGACUCCAGAACAGGCGGAGAACUUCAGAUACUCCGUCAAUGAUUUAACAAAGAUUUGGCCCCACAAGGACUUUCCUUUGCGUAAGUUCGGUAAGAUUGUAUUAAACCAAAACCCAAAGAACUACCAUGCCGAAAUUGAGCAGAUUGCGUUCUCGCCGUCGCACUUGGUUCCGGGGAUUGACCCUUCCAACGAUCCUGUCUUGCAGUCCCGAUUGUUCUCAUACCCUGACACUCACCGUCACAGAUUGGGGGCAAACUACCAGCAGUUGCCUGUCAACAGAGCCAGAACGUUUGAGACCGACUCCGAGGCUGCUUUCCAAGCCGGCAACUUCCAAAGGGACGGUCCUGCUACCGUUAUCAGUCAGGAUGAUAAGGCCAAUUUCUUGUCUCUUGAGAAGCCAAUCAACUCCGCCGAUACUGAUGCUUCCGGGGCGUUGAAGUUUGGCAAGGAUACCAGAUAUAUCGGUCUUGUAGCCAUCUCGGCAGAACAGCGCGAACUUGCUGCUCAACAAGCAGCCCAAGAGAGGGAACACGACUUGAAGAUUUGGGAAAACUCCUCGUACUUCUAUCUCAGCGGCCUUUCCGAGUUGGACCUUGAACAGCCACGAGACUUGUACGAGCGGGUAUACAACGACGAGGACAAGAAAGAUUUUAUCAAGGCGGUUGUUCUGCAUGCUAGUAAUGUGCACAACCCAGACUUGAAGGAAACGAUUCCGCAGUACUUUGGCUUAUUGAAUAGGGAUUUGGGAGCUGCUGUUGCAAAGGGGUUGGGUGUCAAGUACACCCACCUCAGCUUGGACGAAUACGCCCAGAAGCUUGGUCUUGCCAGCAAUUCUUAGUCAGUGAUCGUUGUUUAGAGGGUAAUUUUCUCCUUUGUAGGUGUAUUUCACUGCAUGGUUUGGAAAAUUUCAUCCUUCGGUGGGUGGUAAUCUGCUGAUGUGCUAAGGCUUUUUUUUUAUUAACGUUUAUUUAUGUGAAUAUUGAUCGAU